AUGUCUUCGAACGCUCCCACCAGCACCUCUGUCCCUACUGGGGAGACCGCCAAAGCCGGCCAGACGAAGGGCGAGGCUACCGUUACGUCCGGUGUUCCUACCCAGGGUGAUUGGACGCUCCCGCCUCGUGCGACCGGCGGUGCUGCCGAGGAGGGGUGGAGCACCGGCCCUCCCUCUUGA